AUCCAACAUUCGAUCCAAUAUCACCAUCACAACCUUCUCCGAAUAACAAACUCAACCUCACUGUCCACCCACACCACCAACUAUCAAAAUGAAGACCACUCAGACCAUUCUCUCCCUUCUGGCUGUUGCCGCCGCCGUCAUCGCCGCCCCUACCGAGGACAACGCCGCCUUGGACAUGCGAGCUGACAAUGCCAACUGGACCGGAGGAGACGCCGAGAUCCUCCGCCGAGCCAACAAGUUCGACUUCUGCAACCCAGGCAAGGGCGAAUGCACCUCAGGUGGAUGCUGGGGCUGCCAGGGCCACACCUUCAUCUGCCAGGACGGCCCAGACAGUGGGAAGUGCUGCUGGAGAGACGGGGACUCUGUGUCUUGCGUCAACGUUUAGAUUAACUGCAGUUUUGCCAGUGUUGUCUAGAAGUUCAGGAAUAGCUGCGUUGGGAGUCUGUUCUAGGGGAGGUUGUGUUAUGGAUAUUUUGCACCUCGGUUUCAUACGCUCGUUAAUAGCGGCCGCUAUCAUUUAG